AUGAAGUAUAGCACAGUGUUGUUGGCCGCGCUUGCUGCCAUCGCAGAAGCUACCGUUCCCAUCCCCAAGGGAGGAGUUGUUGGUCAGCCCAUCACCGAGAACGGAAAGGGAGCUGUCUUUUCUGGUGGUACCAACCAUGAACUUGACCUCCAGAACCCAAGCAACAUCAACGGUCAGCCAACCAGUGAUAACGGUCUUGUUCCAAACAUGAAAUGGAGUUUCUCUCUGUCCAAGGCACGAAUGUUCUACGGUGGUUGGAUCCGUGAGCAGGUUAUCCAGGAUCUACCAACAAGUCACGACAUUGCCGGCGCCCAAGUUCACUUGAUCAAGGGUGGUAUCCGACAGAUGCACUGGCACAGAGUCGCUGAAUGGGCUUACAUCUACGCUGGUGGAUUCUUGAUAUCUGCCGUCACAGAAGAUGGCCAGUUCCAGCUCGACAAACUCGGCGUUGGUGACAUGUACUACUUCCCCAAGGGAGCUGCUCACUCUCUGCAGGGUCUUGAAGAUGAGAACGAGAUUCUCCUUAUCUUCGAUGACGGUGACUUCGACCGUGUCGGAACCACCUUCAUGGUUGCAGACUGGAUCUCCCACACCCCCAGAGACGUUCUGGCCAAGAACUUCGGCGUCCCACUUGGCACAUUUGACAAGACUUACAACCCCGACCCAGCUCUCAUUAACUCUACCAUCAGUACCCGCAACGUCACCGGCCCCAAGGGCACUCUCAGCGGCAACAGCUCUUAUACCUUCCACAUUGACCGUGCUCCGGAAAUGGAGGUUCCAGGAAACGGUGGUACCAUGCAGGUCGUUGACUCCAGGAACUUCCCCGUCUCCAAGACUAUCGCUUGUGCUGUCGUCCGCCUAAAGCCCCGUGGCAUGCGAGAGCUCCACUGGCACCCAACUGCCGAGGAAUGGCUCUACUUCCACAGCGGAAAUGCCCGUGCCAGCGUCUAUAUGGGCGGUGGUCUUGCCCGAACCUUCGACUUCACUGCUGGUGACGUUGGCGUGUUCCCAGACAAUGCCGGCCACUACAUCGAGAACACUUCCGAUACUGAGGAACUCGUGUACAUUGAGAUCUUCAAGUCCGACCGUAUCGCCGAUGUCUCCCUCAGCCAAUGGCUUGCCCUCACCCCAGCCGACAUUGCUGCUACUGCCAUCAAUGUACCAAUCGAGGUCAUUGAGCAGAUCAAGAAGGACAAGCAGUACCUUGUCCAAUAA